AACAACGGCAAUACUUUUCCACUAAAUCUGCACAGCAGAGUAGCAGCAUACAGUGUAAUAUAGCCAAAUACAACAUAAAACAUCCAACACUGAUGUAUAACAAAGAAACCCCAAACGUCCCAUGUGGACAAAAUGAGAAAGCUAUUGUGACCUACUGACCUUCAUCGAUGACUAAUUAAUCCGAAUGGUCAUUUUCAAUAAUUUUCGGGCAGUUUUUAGACAAUGCAAUUGAUUUAGACAAUGAUCUACAGAUUACUGAAUAAUGAAAAGGAUUUGUUGGUCGAAUCCCCAACAUACACCAGAUUUUGUCUAAUCAAUGGUGUAUGAAUAGGUUUCCUGUGAUACAUUUUCUCAUAAUUUGUUAUUGUUUCUAUGGUACAAAGUAGCACAUAUUGACAUAAUAAAACAGCGGCUAUUGGUGUUUUGUAGUUUGAUUUUUAAAAUUUUUAUUCUCAUUUACUAUUUAAAUCUCAAAAAUACAAGCUGGCUUGAAGGCAGCACGGCUUCCCACUUUCUGUCCUCCAGUGGUCCGAUCAGGGGGUCAGAGAAACUUUUAUGGUUCUGGUCUGUGAUUAAACCGAGUGCGACCUUCAAACCACCAACACACAAUCGUUUCAUUGUCAAUACAUGUUCGUGAAAUGGUACAUGCGCGGCACAAUAUCCACAGUUAUGAUUAUUAUAAAGAUUUUUCAACGCAAUACCUGCACUGCUCACAUGAUGGCGCUGUCUAGACAGUUAUACAUGUCUAAAGUGUCGUCAACAUCCGGCGACACGUCCUCCUCCCCACAAAACACCGACCCGUGUGGUAAACACGUCUUUAUUUAUGCAAACCUCUCCAGACUUUAUUAUUCAUAAAACGACUCGAUAAUGUUGUGUGUUUGACAAAGAGAGUAAGUUAGUCGGUUAGUUUAAAGUUUACAGUUUAACCGUUGAACAAGCCCAUUGUUGCAAAUGGGGGAGGUGAGGAAGCUGCAGAAGAAGUUGAGACAGAUUGAGAAUCUGGAAAUAAAAAUCAGUCUUUCCCCAGAGGAGAGAUUCAAGAUCUCCAGAAAGGCGGAGCUGCGUUCCAGAUUGGCUGAGAUUCAGCUGCAGCUUUCUGGCCCGCAGCAAACUCUGGGGAUUGUGGGAGACGGAAAAAAGGAGAAGAUGAAAAGACAAGUGGAGGAUGCUCCUGGGGCCCUUCCGUCACAAACACCUCCAGCAUCCAAGAUCCUUAAGGGAGAAGAGGAGUUUAAAGCUCAAGCAACGCCGUCACCGGCUGCCAGGCGGACGGAGACAGUAGUGGAAGCAGCGAUGGGCAGAGAACAGGAAAAGACAAAGCCGGCCAAGGUGUCAGAUCAAGGUCAAGAUGUGUCAGGAGGUUGUCCAGACGAGGAGCAGCAGCUGCAGCCGGAAGAAGCUGAAUUUACCGCCCUCAAAGCGUCUUGGGAGAAGGUGAAGUUUCGCUUGAGGCUGCUGGAGGGCCACAAUGACAUCGUCACUUGUGUGGUUGCCGUUGACAAUCUUGUGGUUUCUGGAAGCCGAGAUACAACGGUGAAGGUGUGGCACGUUCCCACGGCAACAGAGCAGAGGAACCUGGGGGGUCACACUGGCGGGGUUACCUGCCUGUGUGCACCUCCCCCUGAGUACUGCAGAAGGCUGGCCUGGUCCCUGUCUCUGUCCGACAAGGAGAGGUUUAUUUUGAGUGGCUCGGCGGACUGCUAUGUGAAGAUCUGGGCCCUGAGCAUUGGACAGUGUGUUAAAUCCAUCUACACCUUCAAUGCUGUGACUGCUCUCUGCUUUGUGCCAGAGGGAGAUGGCUACAUCAUCACUGGAUCAGACGGGGGGAAAGUUCAAGCCUGGAGCUGGCACACUUUCGAAAACUGCCAGUCAAUCAACGCUCACCAGGAAGCAGUCACAUCCAUCCAGUCUCAGGGUCCGCUGGUGUUCAGCGGCUCGGCUGAGGGAGGGGUGUCUGUGUGGGAGAAUCGGUGUUCGGAUCGAGACCCCCUGAGGCUGCUACACCACUGGAGCGGUCAGGUGACGGGCCGUGGAGGGGGGCCAGGUGGGCGUCUGACCCUCAGCCCGCGGGGAGACAGAGUGUUCCUGGCUUUCGGUCAAGCCUGGCUCAAGAUCCUGCACUGGAGGACCGGAACAACAUCCAGACUGACCAAUCACAGCAGCAUCACUGGGGUAACAGAUUGUGUCCACCAGACAGGAGGCCUCCUAAUUGGCUCCUGCUAUGAUCUGGCAAAUGGAGAGAGCGCGCUAAAUUUGUUCUCUCUGCCUCAGUGUCGCUACCUGGCCUCUCUGACCUGGCCUGAUGCUCCCAGAAUCCUCUGCUUUGCGGCAUGGGCCACAGGGAGCGGGGACCACCGGUGGGUCACGGGAGGUCGCACUCUCACCGUCUGGGAGCAGCUCCCCAGCUCAGGGAGGCAGAGGGGCGAUGUCACGGUGAAGAGAGACAGUCGAUUGGACUCCUGCAUGCUAGAAUCAGAGGGGGAGACAGAAGAUGAUGAGGAGACUGACGAUUACGAAGAUGACGACGAUGACAACAACAACGAAGUAACAGACAGCCGGUCUGGCGGCGCGGAGGACGGAGGGUUUGGUGCGUGGUUGCGCUGCGUUCUCCAGUGAGAGCUGGUUUCUCGCGCUGAGGACACCUCGGCCCUCAGCCAUGAGGAAAUGAGAGGGAGGGAGCGUAGUGACAGCGAAGGAGGGCGCAGGGGAGUGAAAAGUGUGACACUGAGUGUUGGAGGGGGAGCAUAUGGAUGGAGAAAGUGAGAGUGUGUGUGUGUGUGUGUGUGAACGCUAGGCUGAUUGUUUUCUAUGUAAAUAUUAUUUCCAUGUACAAUAAAGCUGUCCGGAUGUGACUCUGACCUCCAAA